UAUUUUAUCGACAAAGUGUCUAGCGCAACUCACAAGAAAAAAAUAUAUAAGUAUUGCAUUAUUGCAACUCUAUUACUCAAAUAAAAUAAAAAUAUUACAGUAAAUCGCGUUUUAUCAGCGCCAUAUUGACGAACACCCCCCACUUUCCGAUCUCGAUUCACGCAUGCGAGCUUUGAGUUAUAACAGCUAGUGCAGUUUAUACAUUACAGUUUGGCUGAUUGCAGUCUCUCUGCAACAUUAAAAUUUUUGUAAUAUAAGCCGAUAUAUUUAUUGACAGAUGCAUUGAAAUGUGCAAGAGGUUAAAGUGAAUCCUAAACUCUCUUAGGUGAACUGCACAUAAACAAGCACAAGUCCAUAAUGAGAAGAGCCAGCAGACAACUUUUGAGAAUUUUAAAUUCUAAGAGGUUUUAUUCCCAAGAUGCACUGGAAAAGAAAGUCAUGCCAAUUCUGGAAACAGAGAUUCACUUACCAAAACCUGAAUACAAUGUGGAAUUUCUUUGUAAUCCAUUGAACCGAGACUUGAUUGCCAAGAAUAUUUUAAAAAGAAAAAACUCUGGGAACAUAGACAAAGUGCUCGAGUUGCAUCAGAGUUUGCAUUCUCAAGAGGAAUUCAUCAAAGAGUUGAGCAAAAUUCCCAAUUUGACAGAUCCUAAUGUACUUGAAUAUGCAGACAAUGAACCUUGCAUUCUUAGGGUACAAGGAGACCAACCAAAGUAUAGUUUUGAACCUCAUGAAUUCUCGCAACUGGCAGCCAAAUUGAGAUUGUUGAGAACUGAUCGCUUGGGACCAGUAACUGGAUCUCGAAGUUACAUUCUUUUAGGAGACUUGGCUGAGUUAGAGCAAGCUCUCAUUACUUAUACUUUGAAGGAACUGUUAAAACAUAAUUUUAAGUUGGUUUCUGUGCCUGAUAUUUUGCCCUCACAAGUAAUUGAGAGAUGUGGAUUAAUUAGUGAUGGGGAAAGAAAACUUGUUUACGUAGUUGAGCCAUAUUAUGGAGAUGACUUGAGUCUCUCUGGAACUGCAGAAAUGGCACUAGCUUAUAAGUUAUCAAAUACAGUUUUGCAUGAAAAUGAGUUACCAUUGAAACUUGCUGCAGUAAGUAGGUGUUACAGGGCAGAAGUUUCUAAUUUACUUGAAGAAAGAGGUAUUUAUAGAGUCCAUCAAUUUACUAAAGUUGAAAUGUUCAUUUGCUCCAAGCAAAAUGAAUCUGUACAGAUUAUGGAUGAAGUUGUAGCGAUCCAAGAAAAGCUUUUUGGUCAAUUAGGAUUACAUUAUAAAGUAUUAGAUAUGCCUCCAAAUGAAUUAGGAUCACCAGCUUAUAGAAAAAUUGACAUUGAAGCUUGGAUGCCAGGUAGAAAACAGUUUGGAGAACUUUCUAGUUGCAGCAAUUGUACUGAUUAUCAAGCUCGUAGACUGAAUAUUAAAUAUCAAGAUAAGAAUGAACAAAUUAUGCAUUCACACACUUUGAAUGGAACUGCAUGUGCAGUGCCCCGUAUGCUUAUUGCUAUUUGCGAAACCCAUCAGCUAGAAGAUGGUAACAUUGCAGUACCAGAACAAUUGGUGCCUUACAUGAAUGGAAAAACUGUCAUAAAAAAACAGAAUGUAGCAGAAACUAAGCAGUUUAAAGGCAAACACAAAUCGAAAUAAAGUACAAAAUUUGUAGAUUAAUUGUAAAUAAACAAACUUGUACAAUCAACUA